AUGCGUAAUCUUGAGAAUUCGUUUCUGAAUACUGAGAAUAAGGAGAGUAAAGUGAAGAUUACAUUAGAUGAUAUUGAAGAUGAGAUAUCCUUUUGGAAACCUUCGAUUGUUUGUUAUGUAUUAGGAGUAAAUCCUCCUCUGCAUAUUCUGGAUGGCUUUGUUCAUAGAAUCUGGCAGGGUAAAGUGGACAGAGUGAAGGUGUUAUCCUAUGGUAUAUUCAUCAUUCGGUUUCAUUCAAUUGAGGAUAGGGAUCAAGUGUUAAAUGGGGGUUUCAUUUUCUUUAACAGAAGACCAGUAGUUAUGAGGCCUUGGGACCCAAAUGAAUCAUUCAAAAAAGAUGAUAUGAAGAGUGUGCCUAUAUGGAUCCAAUUAGAAGAACUGGAACUGAAAUAUUGGGGCCAAAAGUCAUUGUUUAAGAUAGUUGGUCAGAUGGGGAAGCCAAUCAUGGUAGAUAAUGUGACUAAAGAAAGGGAGAGAUUGAACUUCCCUCGGGUUUUAAUAGAAGUGCAGAUGGACCAAGAUUUGCCAGCUUUCUUGGAGUUUGAAAAUGAAUUUGGUUCGAUCACUUCAGUAGGAAUAAAAUAUGAAUGGAAGCCAAUUUCUUGCUCACAUUGUUCUGGUAUAGGUCAUGCUGCAACAGAUUGUAAAAAGAAAAUGGGGGGGCAGCAACAAUGGAUCAUUAAAAAGGACAACAGGAAGAUGCCACAGGUUGAUGAAGAGGGCUUUACCAAAGUUCAUAGCAGGAAAAAUACUGCUACCCGUGAGCAGGGAACAACUGAAACUAAUGGGGUGAUAAUGAAGAACUCAUUCCAGGGACUUGAAGAAGAUGAAAUUAUAGAAAAUGCAGUGGAGAAUAUGCCUACUGAGAUAGUCAAGACAGGAGAGGGGGGAGCACCCUCUCUGUCUAAUGGAUAA